AUGGCUUCGCGCAGCGGGCUCCUUUGGCUGCUGGGCAUAGCUCUGUGUGCUUUGGGCGGCGGCCACGGCCCGCGUCCCCCGUACGUCUUUCCCCAGCGUCGCCUUGGAGUACAGGAGCGCCGAGAUCUGCAGCGAGAGAUCCUGGCGGUGCUUGGGCUGCCUGAGCUGCCCCGACGCCGUCCGUCACCCGCCACCUCCCGACAGCCAGCGUCCGCACCGCUUUUCAUGUUGGACCUGUAUCACGCUGUGGCUAAUGGCGAUGACGACGGUGGGCCCCUGCAGCCCCACCUGGGGCGCUCCGACCUCGUCAUGAGCUUCGUCAAUAUGGUGGAGCGCGACUGUACCCUGGACUACCAGGAGCCACACUGGAAGGAAUUCCACUUUGACCUAACCCAGAUCCCUGCUGGGGAGAUUGUCACAGCUGCUGAGUUCCGGAUAUAUAAAGAGCCCAGCACCCACCCGCUCAACACAACUCUGCAUGUCAGUAUGUUCGAGGUGGUCCAGGAGCACUCCAACAGGGAGUCUGACUUGUUCUUUUUGGAUCUUCAGACGCUCCGAUCUGGGGACGAGAAAUGGCUGGUGCUGGACAUCACGGCAGCCAGUGACCGCUGGUUGCUGAACCACAAGAAGGACCUGGGACUCCGCCUCUAUGUGGAAACCGAGGAUGGGCACAGCAUGGAUCCUGGCCUGGCAGGUCUGCUGGGACAACAGGCACCACGAUCCAAACAGCCUUUCAUGGUUGGUUUCUUCAGAGCCAGCCGGAACCCUGUGCGAACCCCUCGGGUUGUAAGGCCACUGAGGAAGAAGAGGCAGCUAAAUAAAACCAUCCAGAUGCAGCACUUGAACCAACACCUAGGAAUCUUUGAUGAUGGCCACGGCUCCCGAGGCAGAGAUGUUUGCCGUAGGCAUGAGCUCUACGUCAGCUUCCGGGACCUCGGCUGGCUGGACUGGGUCAUCGCCCCCCAGGGUUACUCAGCCUAUUACUGCGAGGGGGAGUGCAAUUACCCACUGGGCCACCGAAUGAACUCUACCAACCACGCCACCAUGCAGGCCCUGGUCAGUAUCACAGUCAGGUGCCUGGAGGAGUGGGCAGGGAUACACCUGAUGAAGCCAGAAGUCGUCCCCAAGGUGUGCUGUGUGCCCACCGAGCUGAGUGCCAUUUCUGUGCUCUACUAUGACAGAAGCAACAACGUCAUCCUACGCAAGGAGCACAACAUGGUGGUCCAGGCCUGCGGCUGCCACUGA